GACAAAAUAAAUUUCCAACGAAAACUAUUAAUAUCAUCAAAAACAGCAAUUACACAAAUUUAUACAAUCUUUAUACACUGGAAACAAGCAUUAUGCCCAUCUACAGGUAUUUUACAAACCCCUUUCUAAAUUCUGAUUUUUCCGAGUCAGAGCCCGAAGUGCCAAAAGAUGAAAUAUGCCAGACGGUUAAAGAAAUAUUAUCCAAAAUCACGACCAAGGUCGAAGCCACACAGGAGAACGCUUCCGAUGGAAUCUAUUUGGGUACUGCCGGUAUAGCCUACAUGUUUUACCAAAUAAGUAAGAACCCCGUCUUCGAAAAUCAAAAAACACACUUAUUGAACGAGGCAAUUCGCUACAUGAAGCCUGCAUUGAACAUUGCUAAGUACAGCACCAAAUACCCCGCAGACAUUCCAUCAUUUAUUUUGGGUAACGGUGGAAUAUACGCAGUGGCGGCCGCCAUUUACAGCACACUGGGCGACAUGGAGCAGGGUCACUUGUACUCGCAGCAGUACCAAGAGGCUGCAAAGAUUUGCAAUGCACCCUCGUUUUUAAACAAUGGUUCUGAUGAGCUGUUCGUUGGAAGAGCUGGGUACAUUAUGGGGGCGUUGUGGAUAGCAAAGGAAACUAAAAUAGCAAUGAAUAAAGAUGAAAUCUGGGAUAUAUGCUCAGUAAUUGUUUCAUCAGGAAGAGAAUAUUCUAAGGCGAACAAGAGUGCUUCGCCUCUUAUGUACUCGUACUACCAAAUUGAGUACUUGGGUGCUGCCCACGGAUUGUCAUCUAUAUUACUAGCCCUUAUGCUAGUACCAGGAUACUUGGACGAACACCUUGAUGUGAAGAAAGACGUACAGUUAUCUGUGGAUUUCUUAUUAAACAUUCAAGACAAUGAAGGUAACUUUCCCGAUGCAACUGAUGAGAUUGGACUUGUGGCACAAUUAGUGCACUGGUGCCAUGGUGCUGGCGGGAUUAUUUAUAUGAUGGCCCGAGCAUACAUUGUCUUCCAGUCACCCAAAUACCUUAAAUCCUGUGAAAAAAUGGCCGAUCUGAUAUGGAACAAAGGAUUAUUGAAAAAAGGACCGGGCAUCUGCCACGGUGUUGCCGGCAGUGGUUACGUAUUUUUGCUUAUGUAUAGGUUAACUAAGAAGCCGUUGUAUUUACAUAGAGCAGUUUCCUUUUUUAAGUUUAUGGGAACACAAGAAUUUAAAGACGACGCGAGAAUUCCCGAUUCUCCAUACAGUUUGUUCGAAGGAAUUGCUGGUACCGCUUGCUUUUUGGCUGAUUUAACUUAUCCGGAUUCUGCUGUUUUCCCCUUUUUUGAUGUUUUUGAUUGAGAUAUUUUUCGUGUUGGAAACCAUUAAAUUUACUGUUUCCUAA